AUGUUUCGAAAAGUAUCAAAAGGUAUCUAUGUAUACAUAAAAAAAUCUAAAACUAUUCCAAAAAAAUAUUAUAAUAGAAAAUUUCAAUUUGAACCUGUAGACCCUGUCACCCCCCCACCUCCACAUAUAAUUCCACCUACCCCCUCCCCAUCACCUCCGCCACCACCCAAACCCAUCAUUUUUAAAUUCGAUUUCAAAUUUGAUCUUGGUUUGGGAGUUGGUGUGGCUGUUCUUCUAAGUCAAGUUUUAGACAAGUUUUAUAAAGGAGAUGAUACUUCAGAAAAUAUUGAAAAUCAUCCAGAUGAAUCUAAUAAUUAUAAAGACGAAAGCUUCGCAACAAAAAAAACAGAAUCAAAUAAUGAAAAUUUAAAAAAAAUUUCAAAUUCUGAUGAAAACAAAAAAUUUCAAAAGGCUAUGGAAACAUUAAAUGAGAAGUCUAAGUUGGCUGGUAGUAUCUUUAAGAAAGGAAGUUUAAUUUUCUACAAUGAAAAUAAUAAUAACCAAGAUUUUUUAGAAUUCUGGAGAGACUCUUCAAAAUGGAGUGAAGAAUUUGUUCAACUAAUUUGUAGUCAAGAUUAUUUAGAUUUGAAAGAAGAUGAGUUCAUGGAGUUGUAUAUUUUUAAUAUUUAUGAUGUUCAUGAAGAUGUCUCAGCAGAAUGUUAUAAUGUUGUAGAUAGUGGAGUUAUCGAUGAUAAAAAGAUCGAAAAUUUACCAAAUGAUGAUUCAUUAAUAAAGAAGUACGAAGAUAUUACAAUGGGGUUAUCAGAUGAUAUAAAGAUUGAAGAGUUACCAAAUAAUGAUUCAUUUAUAAAGAAGUUCGAGGAUAUUAACACUAUCGAAGAAUCAUCAAAUAAUAAAAUGGAAACCAAACCAUUAGCUCAAAGUUAUUCGAGAAAUAUUGGUCAUUACCCCAAAAAAAUAUCAUUCGAUGAUAAUUUUAACGAAAAAAUUAAACCCGGCUCAUUAUCAUAUCGUCUCACAACACUCACAUUUGGUCAUAGAUUUAACCAAGUAUUUACACCAGGCUCAUUACCAAAUCGUCUCACAACACUCACAUUCGGUGAUCAUUUUAACCAAGUAUUCGUACCCGGCACAUUACCAAAUAGUCUCACAACACUCACAUUCGGUAGUGAUUUUAACCAAAUAAUUGCACCCGGAACAUUACCAAAUAGUCUCACAAAACUCACAUUUGGUGAUAGAUUUAACCAAAUAAUUGCACCCGGAACAUUACCAAAUAGUCUCACAACACUCAUAUUUGGACUUGAUUUUAACAAAGUAAUUACACCCGGUACAUUACUAAAUGGUCUCACUACACUCACAUUCGGUUAUAGAUUUAACCAAAUAAUUACACCCGGUACAUUACCAAAUACUAUUACAAAACUCACAUUCAAUCAUGAUUUUAACCAAGCAGUUACACCUGGCUUAUUACCAAAAAGUCUCACAACACUCAGAUUUGGUGAUAGAUUUAACCAAGCAAUUACACCUGACACAUUACCAAAUAGUCUCACAACACUCAUAUUUGGUAAUAGAUUUAACCAAGUAGUUACACCCGAAACAUUACCAAAUAGUCUCACAAUACUCACAUUUGGACUUGAUUUUAACCAAGUAGUUGCACCAGGCUCAUUACCAAAUCGUCUCACAACACUCAAAUUCGGUUUUGAUUUUAACCAAAUAAUUACACCUGGUACAAUACCAAAUAGCCUCACAACACUCACAUUCGGUUAUAAAUUUAACCAAGUAGUUGCACCUGGCACAUUACCAAAUAGUAUCAAAACACUCAUAUUCGGUCAUAGAUUUAACCAAGUAUUUGAACUCGACUCCUUACCAAAUUAUGGUGUCAACCAUUGGUUACCGUCAUCACUUGAAACUUUGGUAAUAGGUGAUAAAUUAGUAUUGAACAAUAAAAUAGAUGAGUUAUCAGAUGAUAAAAGGAUUGAAGGGUUACAUAAUAAUGAUUCAUUAAUAAAGAAUUUUAAGGAUAUUAACACUAGCAAAGAAUCAUCAAAUAAUAAAAUGGAAUUCAAACCAUCAACUGAACGGGAUAUUGAAAACAAGCUUUAUUCAUCAGAUGAUCUUUAUGGUCAUAAUUUUAAAAGCAUCAAAUGUUUAGAUCAUCCCCACCAUGAUAUUGUUUUUGUAUGCUCAACUUGUCCAAACAUUACUCCUGUAUGUAUUGAUUGUAUUAAUGGAGUUCACCGUGGUCAUAUUUUUAAAAGCCUUGAAGAUAAUAAUAUUAGAAAUCAAAUACAUCAAGAUUUUAAAAAUCAAACAAUACCAAAACUAAACAAAUAUUUAGAAAAUAAUAAAAAAAUAUUGGAUGAAUCAAACAACAAUUUUGAACAAAUUCUAGAUAACCAUAGAAAGAAUUUUGAUAUAACUAUUAAUAUAUUUAAACAAUUAAAAAAUAUUAUGAAUUCAAAAGAAAAUGAUGUCAAAAGAUUAUUAACAACUAAAUUACAAGAAAAUAUUGAAGUAAAUGAAAUAAUAACCACAACAAUAGAAGACAAUAAUAAUAAAAUUAAUAAUGCCAUUAAAUUUAAUGUUAAAUAUAAAGAUACUGAAUUUAUACUUAAAGAAAGUAAUAUCGACUUAUUCAAAGAUCUUAUAAACAGUUAUUUAGAAGUAUUUGUUAAUGGUAAAUAUUUUACAAUUAAUGAAGAAGAAAGUGAUAUUAGUCAUUUAGAAAUUGAAUUCCUUGCUAUUGGACUCAUCCAAAGUUUACCCAAAACUAUUCCAAGAACCAUUACACCACUUAAUUUUAACCAACUCACGUACAAAGGUUGUUUUUACAAAACAUCAAGUAUCGAUUAA